AUUUUAAUUACCCAUUUAAAAAAAAAAGACUUAAAACAUUUAUCAAGCAGUCAAUAAAAUGUCAGGACAGUCAGAACCAAGCACUUCCCAAAGUAGCCAGCCAUGUCCAGAUGUAGUUACUAAAGGGCAAAGGGAUAUUUGCUCUUUUGCACAAUGUGAACCGUCUUCACAUCAUGCAGCAAAAACAGCUACACCAGCUUCUCGUGCUCGAGAAUUUCCUACAAAACUGCAUGUGGAUGGGGACAAAUUAUUUUGCACAUCCUGCAAUGUUGUUCUUAAUCAUGACCGAUUGUCUGUAAUUGUGGAUCAUUUUGCAUCAAAAAAUCACAAACUGAAGGAAGGUGCGGCUCAAGAGGAAGGCAGAAACAAACAUCAGAAAAUCAUUACAAGUACACUGAAAAACAAAACACAGGCGGAGAAAGAAUGUGUGGAGAUUUGUACAGCAUGGGCGAAGACACUAGCAGAUGCCAACAUCCCCUUGUCAAAGACAGAUCACCCCCCUGUGAGAGAAAUUCUUGACAGCAGGUCUGGAAUGGUGGUGCCAUUCCUGGUAGGACACAACUGACUGAGACAUACUUACCUGAUGUGUGUACCUCAAAGAAAAGGAAAACUUAAAACUGAAGCUUAAAGACAAGAAAACCACUGUUAUCUUUGAUGCAUGUUGUGAUGAUGAGACAAGAUCAGUUAAUUAGAACCUCAUUGCAGUGGGCAUGUUAAUUUUUUUGUUAAGUUUUUCACUGUACAAUUUGAUCCUUUCUGAAUGAAGGAAAGUGAGAAAAACUUGAAGGCACUUUGUUUUCUGUACUGUAAUUUAAAUGAAAAUACUGAAUUUAUACUGCAGAACGAUUAGCAAAAAUUUAAGACUUCCACGUGUGAAAGUCUGAGCAAUUUAAAAUGACAUUCUACUUUAUUUUGCUGUUUGAUGUUCUGUAAUGUAAUUUAAAUAACGCAGGAUUAUAACUGGAAU